AAAAAUAUUCGUGCUCUCCCCCUCCGCCCUCUGCACGGUCCUCCCCUCCCCUUGCAUCGAUCGACCGCUCGGAAGGUGGCUUCGUGUCGUCCUGAUUGGUCAACGAUCGAACAUUGCUAAACAGUUUGCCCCGAAAGGCUCGUGGGAAGCGCUGGGGGGCGCAGGAUACUUGACGAUGGACAGAACUCGAGCUGCAGUUCAGCUGAUUGCUGUUGCCAGGGCAACCGCCACUUCGAUCCACUCAAGGCCGGGAGGGGAGAUGACGCCUGAGGAUAUUCAGCCCAUCGAACAGGCAAUGGCGAUGCUCACACCCGAGGCGCUUGGCAUGGUGCCGUACGCCCACCCUUACAUCAGCCCUCCGUCGAUCCUCUCGGGGGAGAUUCGAUAUCUACACAUCGCGCAAGAGGCGACUUUCUCCAUCGGAGUGUUCGUUCUGCCGCCGGGGUCUUGCAUCCCGCUUCAUGACCACCCAGACAUGUCGGUGGUGUCCCACGUGCUCUACGGCUCCGUAAAGAUUACCUGCUACGACCGCAUCGCGGAGGACACCGCCACAGUCGGCGGCGGCGCCAGUGGUGGCGGCAGCGGCGGCGGCGUCGGGCUAUCGCAUUGGGCGCCCGGAUCGUGGUUCGGCGGUUUCGGGGGCGGCGGUGGCGGCGGUAGCGGCGGCUAUGGGGGCGGCGGCGGCGAGUACGGUGACGGUGGCGGUGGCGGGUUCGGGGUGCCGGCCGCGGGGGCGGCGGAGGCGGCGGCGCAACAACAGCGCCAGCACCAGCUGGCGUCCCUGCGCGAGAGCGGUUGGCAUCACGCUCCGCACACCUCGCGGCUAACGCCGACCAUGGCCAAUGUUCACGAGCUUGAGGCCGGUAGGGAGGGCACGGCGAUCCUUGACGUGCUCAUCCCACCGUACGACGAAGAUUCUGGCCGCCAUUGCACCUACUACCGCCCGGAGUAUGCGGGGGAGGCGACGCCAGGGGGGGCCGCGGCCGCGGGUGUUUCCGGUACCGGCGGCGGCGGCGGCGGGCUCGUUAGGUUGGUACCUUGCCCAGACGAGUUCAGGGUGGCGAGGGGGGAAUUCGUCUCGCCCCUCCCGACGUGAUUGAUUGAUUGAUCGAUCGAAUCUUGACGCUUCGCCGCGAUUACCUAGCGGUUAUUGCACAUUUGUAUUUGUGUGUGUGUGUGUGUUUUUUUUUUUUCUGCUCUUGCGCGGCAGCGGCGGCGCUUCUGACAUGGGCGGGGGGGGGGCGGGGAAGGAGCGAUCUCAUGCUUCUUGCGUGGCCUGCCCUGUCGGAGCAGCGGCUGGACGCCGGUCUUGAGGCAGUUGGUUUCCUGUAUACGAGAUUCGAAGAUGAAAACACCGCCGGGUCCGGCUUCGUUUUCUUUUUUUUGUUCUUUCGCGAAACCAUCCCUAAACGUGCUUGCACUAUCGGUCUUUCGCGAUGCGGGCGGUCAACUGGCAUUGCAACCCUUACAGGGCCUGGUGUUUGUGUGUGUGUGGUAUAGUCUUGCUUUCUUUCUGUGCGAUUGUGUGAGCUUGUGUAUGAACGUGUGCGUUUUUUUUGGGUGGGCGAGAAAACAACUGUUUGUUUGCUUCAUUUGCAAUCUAGACAUGGUAGCGACUUCUUGGUUAACGGCGCUUGCGCUUGAGCUGGCACGAGAGAUGUUGUUUUUUGGGCGGCGAUGGCGACGUUAUUAUUCUGCGUCCUGUGGCAAAAAACUUGUUCAUAACGCACUUUACCUGAGUUCAAGAAACCUUUGUGUGUGGGGGGAGAACGGGGGCAGUCGAGAGACUCGCGGUUUCUUCAAGUACACUAGCAAGUUAGAGUAGAUGUUUUUUUAUUUUUAGUGUUGUCUUUCCCUGCGACGUGAGAAAAGGCGAGACAGGUUUUGCGGAGGAGAGAACCGUGUCAUCAGCGAGGUAAAGCGACUUACUCAGUGCGUGCUUGCGUCUGCGUUCUUGAUUGGUUCUUCUCUCGUCUUCAUUUUGAACUUUUUUGGACACUUGUGUGUGUCUCGGUUCCUUUUUGCUUUGUGCUUGUUGCCGGACAUGUGCAUUUUGGCUUGCUGCACACUUGACGACGAGAGUAUGCAUACAACGUGCGCCCUCCUUCACUAAUUUGGCCCUCGUCGCGGCAAAGCCUUACGGGCGAUUUUGUUCUUCCUUCUUCCUUCGAGGUUUCCCUUUCCUCGCCAGAAAAAGCGUCAUGUGGCGCGCUGGGCGGCGGGGGCAGUGGAGCUGGACGGGGUCAGAAUUCAGCGGGUGCGGUGGGGUGGGCGUCAGGGACGGGGUUGUGUUUUUUCGACGGAAGAACUAGAUUCAUCGUGUCGAUACGCAUUGCUCUCAGCCUUUAGUUUUUUUUUUUGUGAAGGACGAUGAUGGUAGAAAUAGACGCUGUGCUCCUUAGUAAUAGCAAGGAAGGCUGCCGUCUCCCUUUCGGCUUUCCGGCACGGAGCGGGGAAGGGCAGGAGGAAGGAGCCUGCCUUCACUUGAGGAAGAGCGUGGCCGGGGAGGUGCACUCAUGGUCGUGCAUGCCGUAGUCGUUAGGCCGUUGACCUCGCAUCCCUACAAUGCCGGGACGGAGCGAUAUGCCGUUUAUUUUUUCGCCGGCCCAGGCUACGUUUCCCAAGGGUGCAGAAGCUGGUCAUGAUCUUUGCUUUCGCUGUGCCAAACCAGACAUGCCAUGGGCUCAGAUAUGCCAUGGGCUGAUUGGGCGUGGCGCGCGGGGGGCGGGGAUUCGCAGGGGAGCGACACGGUUUUCGACAUGGUGCAAACGGUGGUACCCUGGGGCCCUCCCUUCAUCGUGGGGGGUAGAGCAGGGUGCCACGUCCACGUGAGAAGACUGCCGGUCGCGUGGAUACGACCGCUGAAAUGCGACACCAUCAGCAGCGCUGGCAGGGAGGGAACUCCCUCGCUCGCUGCCUGCUUUGUCCCCGCUCGGGGUACGAUUUUGAAUUUUCGUUUCCUUGUAGUUUCUUUGUUUUUCGGCGGUGGCGGCGGGCGGAGGGAGGCUCGCUGAAUGCGUAUGGAAUAGACCAUGACGUCGUUUCCCCAUUCACGGGCGCGGGAUGGAGGGCGUGGAAUGGACUUGAUUGGACGUAGUCGUAUAUAUUGCAAGUAGCGCGGGCUGUUGUUGACGAGACGUAUCGCGCCACAGUUUCUUGGCUUGCCUGGUAGCGCUGUUGACAAUUACACGCGGUCGAGCCGAACAGAAACAACCCGGGGAAUAGAGGGUUGUUGCGAGGUUCCGGUGGUAAUGGUGAUGGUUGCGGCGGGUGGUAGUUCACGCGAGCGGACCGUAGUCUAAUUCUCUCACUGUUUGAGUUGGUUUUUUGUUUUCGUCGUUGAUGUGCAUGAACUUUGGUUUUGUUUCUUGAACAACUGCUUGUAUUGUCCAAAGAAAAAAAAGUUGUCUGUGCGAUCCGCCCGAAGCAGUAGAUCUUUGGCGUGGUCUGACAGAGAUUGUUCAACGAGCACCCCGGCAGCAAUGUUGGAGAGGUAGGAGUGUGUUCCUUACAGUGCGAUUUGCAGGAUGCGCAUGUUUUGCACGUUCACAAAAGGGCGAACAUGACGAGUGGGUGUGAGAUGAUGGGGACGAAGGAUGUGACGACGCCGGCCGUUUUCCAACUGGGAUCAUUGCGUCGUGUUGUAGAUAAACGAAAGACACGCACUUUUUUUUUUUUUUAGUAUUCGGGACGCUUGUUCUGUAGCACAUUUUGAAUCGACACGAAUGUUGACGAGAUGGAUGGUUGGAACCAACCGUCGUCGGUCUACCUUUUGUCGCACGAUGAAACAUGAGCUUUGUGUAGAUGCCCCAGGAAGAGUACGGGUUCAUGUCGGGCGGGUAGUAGAUGACGGAGAAACACAUGCAUGCAUAUACAUUCAUAGGCGGCGAGUGCCCGGCGACAGCUCUUGAUGGAUGGUACUUUUGCGACGAUCAAUUAUGCGACACUUUACUACUACUUUGGCGGUAGAGCCGGGAAGGAGCGAAGUAGAGCCUACAGACUUUUUUUCAUGUGUUGUCGGUAGCAGACGGAUGGUGCGGUGAUGGUGAGAGAAGAACGGUGUAACGAGCAUGGUGGAAACGACGGGGACAGGGGGGAGUUAGUCAUGCUGGAAGGGCUUGUUGUACCUCUUCGCCUAAGCCUUGAACUAUACUAUAUUGUAGGAUCAGGCCGGAAGGAAAAGAAAGGAGUUUUGCCAUUAUCGUAGCGUGUUUGCUCGAUACAACGGAGAGGGCGUCAGCCACGACCUUGCUGCUGCCAACCGGCUCCGAGGCUUUUGUACAUCCCGCGUGAGUCCUGAAUAAUAAGUAAUGGUAGGUGUGUGAAUGCCAGAGUUGUACGCGUCGGCGUGGAAAAUAGAGAAGAGACCCCCCCCCCCCCC